AUGGUGAAUUUCAAUAUGCACACCAUGACAUCUUUUUCUCAUAUGCUAGUAUCUUCAACUAAGAUUCCUAUGCUUAUUCCAAAAUAUUAUAAUCAAUGGGUUGAUCACAUGGAGGAUUAUCUAAAUGGACUGGAUGAAGAACUUUGGGAUUGUAUUGAUGGAAACAAUCUUCCACCAAGGAAUGUUCAAAAUAUUGGUUCAUUUGCUACAUCUCAAACUGUUAAUGAUCAUACUGAAAGACUAAAGAAGAAUGAGAAAAUAUGUAUGAGGGAGUUGCGUGGUGCAUUGCCUCCAGUUGUUUACAACUAUGUCAGAAGUUGGGAGCUCUCUUCAAUAAUCCCAAGAGCUCCUCUUGAUCUUCAUCGUGUUCAUCAGUUAAUCACUUACUCCAUCCAGGUUCUUCGAUCCGACUAA